CGCUCAGGAUUCUAGAGGUUGGACGCCCGAAAGAAAGAACGUCUUGCUGCCAAAAUCCAAUACAGCUCAAGAGUUCUAAUUACUUAUAGAAGUGUUUUCCAAUGGAGGACUGGAGUUACGAGAAACAUAACGGACCAGCCACAUGGGCCAGCAAAUUUCCGGCAGCUGCAGGAAGCAAACAAUCACCAAUAGACAUUGAACCGACUGUUGCACAGUCUCAUUCUAAGCUGCUGGACUUUCCAUUACAAUGGUCUUACGUGUCAAACAAGAGCCUAUAUUUGUUAAAUACUGGACAUGGAUGGAAGGUAAACGUUGACGGAGAAGGUUCAUGUCUUCAAGGAGGCCCAUUGAACCACAAGUAUCAACUCGCUCAGUUUCAUUGUCAUUGGGGUAAGACGGAUGAAACAGGAUCAGAGCACACUGUUGCUGGAGUCAUGCAUCCAGCAGAGAUCCAUCUGGUUCACUGGAAUACUGAACUGUUCCACAGUUUCGACGAGGCAGCGUCAAAUAAGAAAGGUUUGGCAGUGUUGGGUGUAUUUUUACAGAUCGGAGAUGAACAUGCCGAAUUGAGGAAAUUGACUGGUAAGAUGACACAAGUCAGUUACAGAGGUCAGAAAAUACCCCUUGUUGAUGGAUUUGACCCUUCAACUUUAAUUCCAGCGGAUCACGCAUACUGGACUUAUGAAGGAUCACUUACCACCCCUCCCUGUUACGAAAGCGUUACAUGGAUCGUGUUUAAACAACCUCUACAGGUUUCUGAACAACAGCUUAAUAAAUUCCGAAAAUUGCGUAGUUACGGUGAGGGUGAAGCCAAUCCCGGUGGAGAAUUUUUUGGACACAUUAUUGAAAAUUAUCGCCCACCUUUGCCGAUAGGUGAUAGGGUUCUUCAUACUACUCCGAAUUAAAAAAAGUGAAAUAUUAAAUUUUGAUCACAUCCGUGAAAUCACUGUUUUGUAAACUUCUAGUGUAUUGCAUCUUUAUUUUUGUAGCUUUGUUGAGCAUCUAAUAUUGAGUUAGUUAUUAUCAAUUUUGCUUAUUUAAGUAUAUUUUUCUGAGUAAUACCACGAAAUACAACCUGAGAAAACAAAUACCUAUAUAAAAAAACCAAACAACAACAACAACAACUCUCUUUCAAACUACAGCCUCGAACGUGCAGUCUAACCUUACCUUGUAUGGUAUUGUGAAUUUAAACAAGCGCAUAAUGAGCUUCGUACAAACACGAGAAGCAGCGUUUUAAAAAUAUCUUUUUAGGGUUUGGUUUUAAUAAAAUUUAAUAGUUCUUAGGAUUAUUCAUAUCCAUAGUAACCUCUCUCCGUAAGUCAGGAGAUAUCACCAUAUUUUGUUAAUAGUUAACUGCAGUGUUAGCUAAUAAGCGUAAUUAUACAUAUAUAUAUAUAUAUUACGCAUAAUACUUCAGUCAUUUGUCAUCUUAAUUUUUUUAUAAUUUCAUUAUUACAGUUUCUCUUUUAUGCAUCAAACGAUUUAACAUAUAUUAUAUUUCUACGGAAGAGCUUAUUUUACAUUAACAGCGAAUAACUGAUCCAUUAUUUUAUACUCACUGUGGUCUGAGCUUCAAAUGAAAAGUCUUUGGUUUCGCGACUACAACAUUUUUGUUUAAAAA